UCAUCGCAAUGGUGUGGAAGUCUGCCUACCCCAAUAGAAUGCCAAAGUCGAGCUGCUGAGUAUACGUCAAGUCUAUCGGCCGUUUAUUCGUUGGGAAUCGCCGAGCGAAAAUCGACGUGCGCGCAUAAGCACCGCGUUUAGCGUUCGUUCUUUAGAAUCCAAGCAGGCUAUAGCUGAUUGCUUUUAAUUUCCGUAUAGUUCUAAAAAUGUGUGACACAGGCUUCUUGGAUAUGAAAUCAUCUAAAUAAUUGUUAGUGCGAAACGAGAACCGUGAAUUUGAGCAGGAAGUGUUUUUAAAAUAUAACUGACGAUAAGUGGAAGAGCGGUGCGAAGUGCGUUGAAUGGUGACCGUGAAAUUUCAGAAAUGUGAGAUUAUUUACACUUGGCGGACAACGGGUCGAUGGCAGAGCUGCUGACCGACCGUGUAUAACAACAAUUUAGAGCGAAACCGGCAGCUAGGGAAUGCAAGAAACUUCGAGCUUGGUGACGUAAACACGUGAAUCCAGACGUUGCUGUAAAUCCAAGACUAAACAUUGGGUAAACGCAGAACCAAAUCUACACCCACGAUACGCGGAGAUAAGCACUGAAAGCGAAUUGAUUCAAAUAGUAAUUCUGUGUCACUGUGACGAUCAGUUCGCAAUUGAAAAAAAGAGGGAGCAUUUUGUCAACAACGCAUGGUUAAGUGGUAGUGCAAGCUAAUUGUAAUACGAAGGCAAACUAAUUGACACCCAUUCAUUGCAACCGUGCAGUGUAGAACUUCAAGACGACAAACUGCGCCAUGGUCGAUGCACUGUCGGAUCCGAUAACUGAUCACAUUGGGCGUCAGUUAUUACACUGGUUUGUGGGGUAUUCGUCUUCGUGGUACUCGACACUAAGUGGCUCCGAGUUCAUCGACAAUUUCAAGAAGCUCGAAAGUGGCGCCUCAAUUCUUGAACAGGGACUGGGCAUAAAGUUCGACGAGGAAGACGGUGCACCGGCCGUUGAUGGCAAUCGUCGUGAUAGGAAUCGCACCAAUUGCAGCAGGAACAACAACUCGGGAAGUGUGAAUCGGGAACGAGCUUGGAAAUUCCUACGGCGUGACGAUCCCAUUAUUGAGUACGGUCAAAGAAACUACGAGAAUUUGAUGCUGGUGGACAUCAUGGAGAAUUGCGAAGAAGGAAUACCCGUUGAGAUGUUCAACGUAUUGGCCCCGUUUCACCAAAAUAGCGGAGCUGCUGCAGCUGGUACUGGUGGAGCUACCGCGCCCGGCAACCAGAAUGGCCCAACUGGUGGCGGCCGAGGAGGAGUGGAGAAUAUGCAAGUGACUCAACCCUGCAGUGCGCCAUCAUCACCGACCAUCACUUCGCCCGGUGCCCUCAGUGCAACUUCGUUCUGUCUACCAACUGGAGCAAACGGCAGCAAUACCAGCAGUGGAGGCAGCAGUGUCAUUACCAGUACUACCGCAACAGACACGGCCGACCCAAACUGGCAGGCCACUAAAAGUACGGUUCGGGAGCGGAAUGCGGCCAUGUUCAAUAAUGAUUUGAUGGCGGACAUACGCUUCAUCGUCGGUACUGACGAACAAGUACAGACCAUACCGGCUCAUAAAUACGUGCUCGCAACUGGCAGCUCCGUGUUCUACGCCAUGUUCUACGGUGGAUUGGCUGAGAACAAACAAGAAAUCAAAGUUCCUGAUGUCGAACCGAACGCUUUCUUAACGUUACUGAAAUAUCUUUACUGUGAUGAGAUCCAUCUGGAGGCGGACAAUGUCCUGGCCACUCUGUACGUCGCCAAGAAGUACAUUGUUCCCCAUCUGGCGCGAGCUUGUGUCAACUAUUUGGAAACUAGUCUAACGGCAAAAAACGCCUGCCUCCUACUAAGUCAGUCGCGGCUCUUUGAGGAACCGGAACUAAUGCAGCGUUGUUGGGAAGUGAUUGAUGCCCAGGCGGAAAUGGCCAUCAAGUCGGAAGGCUUCGUCGAUAUCGACUUAAAGACAUUCGAAACCAUACUGGCGCGAGAAACUCUCAACUGCAAGGAGAUUCAUCUCUUCGAAGCGGCGCUGAGUUGGGCUCACGCGGCAUGCACUAAGAUCGACAUUGAGCCAACAUCCAACAACAAACGGCAGGUGUUGGGACAAGCGUUGUACCUGGUGCGGAUUCCGACUAUGUCGCUGGAGGAAUUUGCCAACCGAGUGGCGCAGCUUGGUAUAUUGACCAACCAGGAAACGAUCGAUAUAUUUCUGAAUUUCACCGCCAAAAAUAAGCCGAAGUUGACGUUUCCAAUCAAGUCACGAGCAGGGUUGAAGACGCAGGUGUGUCAUAGGUUCGCUUCGUGUGCCUAUCGGAGCAAUCAGUGGCGUUACAGGGGACGGUGUGAUUCGAUCCAAUUCUCCGUUGAUAAGCGGAUAUUCAUCGUAGGCUUUGGACUCUACGGAUCGUCAACUGGGGCUGCGGAUUAUGACGUGAAGAUUGAGUUGAAGAGACUGGGACGAGUUUUGGCGGAAAACAGUACCAAAUUCUUCUCGGAUGGUUCUAGCAACACGUUCCAUGUGUUUUUCGAAACACCUAUUCAAAUCGAACCAGAAUGCUUUUACACCGCAUCUGUGGUAUUAGAUGGUACCGAGUUGAGCUUCUUCGGGCAAGAAGGAAUGAGUGAGGUUUGUGUUGGAACGGUUACUUUCCAGUUUCAAUGUUCUUCAGAGAGUACAAAUGGGACCGGUGUACAAGGAGGACAAAUUCCAGAAUUGAUUUUCUACGGUCCCAUGGGUGUUAGCAAUCAAAAUGCUGGACUGCCAGGAAGCAGCAGCAGUAAUACUAUCAAUAAUAACAAACCAAAUGCUUCGUCCAACAGUGGAACAACAGGCAGUUCUAGCAACUCUUGUUCUACGCUUAAUAACAUCAGCGUCUACUCCAACGGGAAUGGAGACAAUGGCCCGAAUGUACUCUCCGGAAAUGGUCUGGGAACAGUUGCACUGUUGAACAAUGAAAGUGAUUGAUUGGUCGAAGACAGGUUAAAAACGUAAAAGGCGUGUGAUACAAAACUUGGAGCAAACAUGAAGGAUCCAAUGUAUGUUCAAAAACAUAGAUACAUAUUUUCAGAUUUGUAACGAUAAAGAAGAAAUAUCAUACAACAAAAUUAUAAUAAUUAAUAAUAUAAAAACAGCCUAAAUUCGUCAAUGCACGAAUGCACUCUAUUUCUUAACAAGUUAAAACAAUUCUUUAAUUUACAUGAAACUGAUGAUUUCUUGGUAAAUUUUUAAAACAGCGACAUUGGACGUGCGACUUAAACCCAACUCAUUUACCGACAUUUUAAAUUGUUUAAGCUUUUAGCACGAUACUAGUCAACUUAGAAGAAAAUUGAAAAUCCUCGAUUUUGUUUUAGGAUGUUUUAAAUUAGUUGAAUCGAUUUUGGCUUCCAUAGUUUAAAGAAAUUUAAAACUUGACAUACAUGCAUUAUUAGUACAUUUCUAGUGACUGAACAAAAUCUAAAAGUAUUUUCAAACCACAUCAAAACAUACGAAUUCCCUGUGAAAAAUAACAAACUGCAACAAAACUAUAGAAAUUAAACGAAUAAGAAUAAUGAACACAAGUAAUUCAAUCAAAUCAUAUAUGCGAUGGUUUCUUCCUAGUAUGUAAGGUGAAUUUGUUUGACCACGGUAUGCAGUGAAAUAGAAGAAGUUGUUGCGUUGAUUAAUCGGGUUAGGAAAUGGUAAGCGUGCAAUAAAGCAAUGGCAGAAUCCGCAAGAGAAUAAUAGAAAACAACAAAUCUAUCAGAAUAGCGAACAAAUCAUAUAAAGUACACCCAUAUUUAGAAUAUGCAUUGAUUGGCAGAUAAAAUAAAUGAAGACAAUGACUUUCGUGCUAUCCACUCCAAAUGUUAGUAGUCAGCAUCUCACGUACGUAGUGAAACAAAGUUACAGAAUUUUAUUCAAUUUAGGCAUUUAGAAUGCCAGAACUAGUAACAUUAUUUCUUUUACAAUAAGGUAUGUCAGACAUUGUAUUUGAAUUUGCAUUAUUUCAGUUGAUAUUUGUAGAAUGGAAAAAAAAUUCUCUCGAAUCACUAUCACUACCAGAGUGGGCGUAAGAUACUAAACGCCAUUGCAUUAUGGAAAACGAGAAAGAAAUGAAAACUCA